AUGAAAACGUUUGAGAACCAAAAAUAUCUGCCACCAUUACCUGUACCAAAACUUCUUGAAACACUAGACCGUUAUUUGGAGUCAGGUAAUACGUCGAAAAGUUUGGUUGUUGAUAGAUAUAAAUUACAAAAAAUUAAAAUUGGUCUAGCGUUUUUCAUAAGAAAUUUUUGUCAGCUUGACGAGUGGUGGUAUGAUGGUUAUCUUGAAAACCGACUACCGCUGAUGCCAUUUUCAAAUAUCGUUGCUAGUGACAUCAGAAGGUUUUUGCUGUUAAUUGUACUCUCUAAUAAAAAAAAAUAUUUUAAAGAUGAAUUUUACUAUAUAUUUUUAAUGAACAGAGGGAAAUUGUGGGAUAUGCAUCAGUACUACGUCUUAUUCAACUCUACAAGGUUACCGAGAACCAAUAAGGACCAGAUGCAACGACUGUUUUGCCUUGAAGCAGAAGGUACAUGCCCAAGUCAUGUAGUGGUUUUAUGUCGCGGUACCAUUUGGAAGUUGGAGACAUUUCAUAAUGGUAGGCUGAUAACACCUGAACAUUUUUAUAAUCAGCUGAAUUACAUACAGCAGAAUUCAAUACAGAAUGUGCAUUCAGUGGUUAGCCUAACCAGUGAAAAACGAGAUAUUUGGGCUCAGCAUACCAAUGUUGAUGCUAUUGUUGCAUUUGAUGUAAUUGGUACAGCCUCCGCGAACGCUCUUAAAAGCUUAUGGAAUACUAAAGUAGCUUUUUCUGGUUUGGAUAUUACUGCCUUAAAAAAUUGUGGAUCUUCUGUGGCUGUGAAGGUAAUUCGUUUCACUUUAUUUGGAAAUCUGCGCUUUAGAGCUUCAAAAAUCUAUGGCGAUACAAUUGUGCAAAUGGCAUUGCAACUUGCUUAUUACUUAACUCAUCACAGUUUUGCCCCAACCUAUGAGACGGCUUCAACAAGAGCUUUUUACCGUGGUCGAACAGAAACUGUUCGAUCGUGUACGUCAGAACUUACAACGUUCGUACAUUCGUUUGCGAAAAAACCUAAUGACAAUAUGAGAUUGUUCUUCUGGAAGGCUUACCACAAGCACAACCAGUUAAUGAAUGCAGCCAUGUCUGGCCAAGGUUGUGAUCGACAUCUCUACGGGUUAAAAAAAGCAUUAGAUGUUAUGAAUAAAACUUUGAAAAGUAAGAUUGUAAUACCUGAGCUCUAUGUGGAUAAAGGAUGGACAGCAUCUGGUGGAAACAACAAUUUUCUUUUAUCUACAAGUUUUAGCGGUUAUGACGUUAAAGGACCAAUUGGAUAUGUUACACCGAUGUGUGAAGAUGGUUAUGGUGCAUUCUAUAAAAUUGGGCCACAAGAGUAA